GGUUGUGUCUUAUUCUCUUUCUUCGUCAGUUAAGAGUAGAAUUGCGUCGCUAUGGCAAGAACAAAGCAGACCGCCCGUAAGUCCACCGGUGGUAAAGCCCCGAGGAAGCAGCUUGCCACCAAGGCCGCUCGUAAGAGCGCCCCAGCCACCGGCGGCGUGAAGAAGCCUCAUCGUUACAGGCCUGGUACCGUAGCUCUGAGGGAGAUUCGUCGUUAUCAGAAGUCGACCGAGUUGCUGAUCCGCAAGCUGCCCUUCCAGCGCCUGGUGAGAGAAAUUGCUCAGGAUUUCAAGACCGAUCUCCGUUUCCAGAGCUCUGCUGUCAUGGCCUUGCAGGAGGCUAGCGAGGCAUACCUGGUCGGCCUGUUCGAGGAUACUAACUUCCUACUCGUGGUUAGGAUGUCUGGCAGAGGAAAGGGUGGUAAGGGUCUGGGGAAAGGUGGCGCUAAGCGUCACCGUAAAGUACUCCGCGACAACAUCCAGGGUAUCACUAAGCCAGCUAUCCGCCGUCUGGCUCGUCGUGGCGGUGUGAAGCGCAUCUCCGGUCUGAUCUACGAGGAGACCCGUGGCGUGCUGAAAGUGUUUCUGGAGAACGUCAUCAGGGACGCGGUUACCUACACCGAGCAUGCCAAGAGAAAGACUGUCACCGCCAUGGAUGUGGUUUAUGCUCUGAAACGCCAGGGACGUACUCUGUACGGCUUCGGAGGGUAAACACUGAGUUCAAACGAA